AGAAAACCUUUGGCGGCAUCAACUUCUCGUAGCAGAAUUGGAGGGGCAGAAUCAAUUCGGUGCACAUAAAGCUGGCAAGAUGAUAUCGCGAUUCAUCACCGAGGUGAACACCAAGUUCAACCCAUUCUCCGCGAGCUCUAAAGCUACGCGCCUCUUCCUCACUACCCUUCCUCCGAAUGCUCGAUCAAGCGGCAUGAAAAUAAAUACCACUCUUCUCCCGCGAACAUCAACGGCACCGGCCACUCUUAGCGUAAAAUUCAAGGAUGGGAAGCUAAUGAAUCUGGACGGCGAGAAACUAGGCAUAAAAGGCAUAGUCGAGGAAGUCGAUAGACACUCGAGAGUGUUACAGAAGCAAGCAGCCCUUACAGACGGUUAAUAAUCCAAUAUCUACAAUUUUUAUCACGUCUAUUCUAUGCGCAUUGGGCGGCGUACUAUUUUGAAUCUGGGCAUAUCAAAGG